AUGUCCUACGCGUAUUUGUUCAAGUACAUCAUCAUCGGGGACACAGGUGUAGGAAAGUCAUGUCUGCUGCUUCAAUUCACGGACAAAAGGUUCCAACCCGUACAUGACUUGACAAUUGGGGUGGAGUUCGGCGCACGUAUGAUUACUAUUGAAGGAAAACCAAUUAAGUUGCAGAUCUGGGAUACUGCUGGACAAGAGUCGUUUCGGUCCAUCACAAGGUCAUACUACCGAGGUGCAGCUGGAGCAUUACUUGUAUACGAUAUCACUAGGAGAGAAACUUUUAACCAUCUCACGAGCUGGCUUGAAGAUGCUCGGCAGCAUGCUAACUCGAAUAUGACCAUUAUGCUCAUCGGAAAUAAGAGUGAUUUGGCACAUCGUCGAGCAGUCAGCACCCAGGAAGGGGAGCAGUUUGCGAAGGAGAAUGGACUUGUGUUCAUGGAAACUUCAGCAAAGACUGCUCAUAACGUGGAGGAGGCCUUCAUAAAUACCGCAGCAAAAAUAUACCAGAAGAUUCAAGAAGGCGUAUUUGAUGUUUCAAAUGAG